UCUUACAAUAGGAAAAUAAAAUUUAUAGUUUUAUAAUAUUUCUAAUCGAUGAUUAAUAUCGUGAUUAAUGAAGCAUUAAGAUGACUCAGAAAAAAGGACGUAACUACAUGUUGACUUGAUUGUACAACAGAAAAAUAGGUAAUCUAGGCACGUCAUCUUUACUACUAUCAUAAUUUGAGUAAAUUUCGUAACGCUUAUCUUUUUCUCGGUAAUGCAAUUAUUCGAAUUUCCCACCCUUCUCUCAUUCGCAGACUUUGCCAAUCAGCGCUUUACAUACAUAUAAGACACAAACAAUGUUAUAUGCUAACUAUAUUAUAAAGAAUUUAAAAGAUAUCGAAAAACGUAGACACAGUUGGGUAAUUAUAUAUCACAAAGAGAUAAAAACAAUAUUUGCGUCAUAGAAAAUUAUCAAAAAUCAUCGAAGAAAAUAAGAGUCCACAUUGUCCUUACAUUUGAUUAAUUUUUAUCAUAUCGAAUCGCGCUGUUAUCAUCGUGCGUAACUAUGAGUAUGUAAAUGUGCGUCAAAAAGUGAUUAAUAAUGCUAAAGCAAGGAGGGCAAAUGUUUCUUUGGAUGGUAUAAACAUUCCAAUAAUGCACACGAGGACGUAUCAAAAGAGUCUUCGAUAUGAAAGAGAAAUGUGAUGGACGUAUGCGAUUGCUGGUAUAGCAGUUACGGCAAAUGCGAACCUCAUAAACACGUCGCCAUGAUGGUUCAGCAACGCCAUAAUGCUGCUAUGCGACGUCCCAUUCUCUGUAGAGUAAACACUCGCUCACGCAAACGAGAUACAAAAGGAUUAAUAAUUUGUAACUUUUAAGUCUUUGAAGACGAGUACAUACAUCAACGAUAAUCAUCUCGAUAAUCUAUCUUGGUGAGUAAGGAUAAAAGUUUUCUUCGACAAUACUCUCCCAACUCAUUGACGAGUGAAAGUUCCGAGUUUUUCGUUUCCUCAGAAAUCCCCUUGUCGUGCUGUGCAAAUAGGCGCGAGGGAGCAAUAGACAGGAAGAGAGAUAGAAAGAAAAGGAAAAGAAAGAAACGAAGAGGGAGAGUGAGUGAGUGAGUGAGUGAGUGAAUGAGUGAGUGAGUGAGUGGGAAAGAGGGAAAGAGGGAGAGAGAGAGAGAGAGAGAGAGAGAGAGAGAAAAAGAGAAGUAGUGAGGGAGGGAGUAAGAAUGAUUGGAAGGGCGGGAGGGAGAAAAAAGUGAGAAUGCUGCGAAGUGGAUAAUAUUGUAUCGACAUAAAAUUUACUUAGAUGAUUAUCAAAUUCGUAAGAAUCGUCAUCGCGCCAUUAAGUAAGCUCUAAAGUCGAACGCGAGAAGAAUCGAUACGCGGUUGUAGGCGCUUUUAGUUAUUUCGCGAUGGCGAGAGCGUGGCGUCGAGUCACUCUUAAUGGGAGAGAGAUUUUGUAAAAACAAUGAUGCUAAAACGGUAGCAUGUGGUACACCAUCGUUCGAAGAGAGAAUUAAAAAAAUCAUUAACAGAACUAAUAUAUAAAUAUUUUAAACAUGGAUGAUGAAGAAGGUUCAUCGAGUUCUGGACCUAUGUCUUCAUUAAACAGUUUAUUUUCUUUCACUAGUCCAGCUGUGAAAAAAUUGCUUGGCUGGAAACAAGGAGACGAAGAAGAGAAAUGGGCAGAGAAAGCAGUAGAUUCUUUGGUAAAGAAAUUAAAGAAAAGAAAAGGUGCGAUAGAGGAAUUGGAACGGGCCUUAAGUUGUCCUGGCACACCAAGCAAGUGUGUAACGAUACCAAGAAGCUUGGAUGGUAGAUUGCAAGUAUCUCAUCGCAAGGGACUACCGCAUGUAAUUUAUUGUCGAGUAUGGAGAUGGCCAGAUUUGCAAUCUCAUCAUGAAUUGAAACCACUUGAAUUGUGUCAAUAUCCAUUUUCUGCUAAACAAAAAGAAGUUUGCAUUAAUCCUUACCAUUAUAAGAGAGUGGAAAGUCCUGUGCUUCCACCAGUACUCGUCCCAAGGCAUUCAGAAUAUGCCCCUGGACAUUCUCUACUACCAUUUCAACAAUUAGCAGAACCAACCAUGCCACAUAAUGUAUCUUAUUCAUCCAGUGGCUUUAAUGCAAGUUCUACCACUGGUGUAAAUCCAACUUCUCCUAUGUCUUCUGUUGGCUCUGUACCUAGUCCAGGAAGUACUACUUCGCCGAAUCCACAAAGUCCUUACGGUACAAAUGGAUUACCAGAAACACCACCGCCGGCAUAUUCCCCUCCAGAAGAUGGUUCACAACCUGGUCAAUCUCCUCCACCAGAUCCGGUGGCAAUGGACACAGGUGGUCCUGCUGAAGUAGCACCAGUGUGUUAUCAAGAACCACUGUAUUGGGCCUCUAUUGCAUACUAUGAGUUAAACUGUAGAGUAGGAGAAGUUUUUCAUUGUCAGUCUCAUUCUAUUAUAGUAGAUGGUUUUACGAAUCCAAGUAAUAAUUCUGAUCGUUUUUGCUUGGGCCAAUUGUCUAACGUAAAUCGAAAUUCUACUAUUGAAAAUACUAGAAGACAUAUUGGAAAAGGAGUACAUCUCUAUUAUGUUGGUGGAGAAGUUUAUGCAGAAUGCCUUUCAGAUUCAGCUAUAUUCGUUCAAUCUAGAAAUUGUAAUCAUCAUCAUGGUUUCCAUCCUAGUACAGUUUGUAAAAUUCCUCCAGGUUGCUCGCUCAAAAUAUUUAAUAAUCAAGAAUUUGCUCAAUUAUUGUCACAAAGUGUUAAUCAUGGAUUCGAAGCUGUGUAUGAAUUAACAAAAAUGUGUACAAUCAGAAUGUCUUUUGUAAAAGGAUGGGGUGCAGAGUAUCAUCGGCAAGAUGUUACAUCUACACCUUGUUGGAUAGAAGCACAUUUACAUGGGCCUUUGCAAUGGUUGGAUAAGGUGCUAACACAAAUGGGUUCACCACAUAAUGCUAUAAGUUCUGUGUCAUAGAUUGUAUACUGGUUGAUAAUACAAGCAGAAAAAACCAUUAGUGGUAAUAGAUAAGUGAGUUUUAGUGCAGAAACAUACAAAUCAUGUGGAUUAUACAAGAGAUAGUGUUUUCAGGAAAGUGUUUAGAGGUGUAAGUGUCAAAGAUGGUCACUUAUUGUGACAUGUUUAAUUUCAGCAUAAUUAAAAAUGUUGAAGAAAUAUUUUAAAGAAAAUGAACAAUUAUAAAAAUUAGAUAAAUGGAGAGUGAUUGUUGAUAUAUAAAAGUUUCAUAAAUAACGUGGUAUACGUUUAGAGUUAUACCACAUUUUGGCUGUUAUGUAUGGAGAAAAUUAUAGUAGAAAUAGGAUAUCUUAUAUACAUAUGAGGAAUAUUUUUCAAAUCUAUUAACAGUCAUAAUACUUUAUUUUAUAUGGGAAAUUGUUCUGAAGAUAUUCGCUACUAGCGUACUGCAAAUGCUUUCCUAGAUGAUCUUGAGGGACAAUAUAAAAAUGAAGUUCAAGCACAAGUUAUCUAUCAAGUGAUAGAAGAAAGUAAUUUCCUAAAUCAAUAUAAAUACCUAUUCUUUAGAGCUGAAUAUGUUAACCUGAUUUUAAAUCAUUUCAAAUCAUGUAUAGAUAUAAUUAUACAUAUAUAAGUGUAGGGAUAGAGAUUACAAUCAGAAAUUCAUGUUUGGCUCUAAAAUUGGUACGUAUCGUACGAAAGUUAUACAUUAAAUAUAUAAUACUCUAUUGUCCAAUCGUUCGAAUUAUAAUAUGCGUGCUUUAAAAUUACAACUUAUACUUAACAAGGAUUAGAUUACCCAAACUUAUCAUUAUAAUCAUAAUCCUGAAAUAAGAGUAAUUAAUUUUGUCAUUACUGAUUACAAUGCAAUUGAUACUUCGAUAUGAAAUGCUGGAUGCUGAUCUCACGUUGACACUUUAAAGUUAACUGCAUCUAAUAAUCUAUUGAAACUUUAAAUUUAGUAAUCCUUGCAAGGAUUACUUUUUGUGCAAGCUUCCCUAACAUUUUAUGUAUGCUAUGCUAUGUUGGUCGUGUGACCAUAACUCAAUAAUGAAUUAAGUAAUAUUUUUUAAAGUAAGAUUUCCCUUUACAAAGCAAUGAGAGAGUGAGAUAAAUAUAUAUAUAUAUAUAUAUAUAUGGUUUCUUCAAACCUUAAAUGUUUUAAUAAUUUUUGGUAAAAACUUGACAUACUUGAUGCGUAUAUAUAAAUUUUAAGUACAAGAUGUAUUUUCUGAGAUAACCAUAUAGUUCAAUACUAUAUUAAAAUUAUCUCUUAAGAUAACACAGUAUAAUUUGU